AUGCGGCGUCUCUUCUUGUUUGCUCCGUUGCUCCUUCUGUACUGCACCCUUGUCACUCAUGCUGUGACAGAGCACCACCAAUGUAUGUUUGACAGAGUGACCACGCGUAUUGGUGCUGAUUUUAAAGUUGAUGAUCGUGAUUCAAUUGGAAUGCAAAACUUGAGAGGUCGUAGGGUUUCCAAUGCAAAUGGCAGAUCGUCUCCAACUUUUAAAACCAGAGAAGAUCCUUCUAAUGGAUGGGACCCCAUUCGCAUAAAACUUGUCACUGAUAAUUUGAAAAAGGAUGGACAUCACUGUUCAGAUAAGGUCAAGACGCUUAAAACCUUAUUGAACGGUGAGUUUAGUUGCACAAAAGAUGAUGUUUUGACGCCAGAGAAAGAGAAAAUUCUUGUUAAAGAGAUUCUUCCUGAGGCAAUUAAACUGCACGAGGAACGGCUUUUUGUGGAGCGUUUGAAGGGUCCUAUUGUCGUGCCGCAGUUCUCCAAGAAUGAUGGUCUUUGUUCCCAGCUCAUACCAGAAGAGCAUAAAACCACUGGUGUUCCAGAGGCGGACAUGGUGCUCUUCGUAGCUGCACAGCCGACAACUAAUGGGACAUUCGCGUGGGCGGCAACAUGUGCGACAUUAGAUUCUGAUGGUCGUCCAGUUAUUGGGAUCAUCAAUUACGGUCCACGGUAUAUUGUGGCCACACCACAGCGUGUACGCGUUGCUGCUCACGAGAUUGCCCAUGCACUUGGAUUUAAUUUCGAGUUGAUGAAAAGGAAAGAUAUGGUCCGUAAUGAUGUUAACUUGCGUAAUAAGUCAAACGUUGCGCUUGUUAACUCUGAAAACACACUGAGGGAGACCAUGGACCAUUAUAACUGUGAUUCUACCGAAGGUAUGGAACUGCGUGUGGUGCUUUUGCCAAGACAACUACGAACUAAAGGAAAUAACGGUAGAUUGCAUGAAGGACGACCAAAUCCACGUGAAGGAAGACAAAGGUCAGAUAAACGGACACGAGCACACCCACAUGUUCAAGACGGAAGAAGAUCACUAGCGCCGCGCGUUGUGACUGCAAGUGUACAAGAGGAAUAUGAGCUGGGAAAAUCACACAGUAAUGCUAUUGAUGGUCGUUUGACAGGGAAGGAGUCUGUUGGCAGUGUUGUGCAAGAGAGACGUGGAGAAGAGGGUUUCAGUUCUGCCAAGUUUACACAGAAUGUACAUCAUUCAUCAAAUGUCUUCUCGAAAAGACGUUCACUAUACCUUCAAGCUACAGUUGCGGAAUCUCAAAGCACAUGCAGUCCUGGCAAACCAGUGGAGACUGAAAAGGGUGGUACAAGGUGUAUUGUCGAGACGAAACGAUUUCUUCCAGAAAACAUGGAAAUAAUCACACAGUCACACUGGAGUCGACGAAACGCGAAGGACGAGUUGAUGGUUGGUCUCGUCGGUGCUGGGUACUACACCGCACUCACAUUGGGCGCUUUCGCUGAUCUGGGCUACUACAAAGUUAAUUGGACAAUGGCAGAGCAGAUGAGUUGGGGCAAUAAAGCUGGUUGUGAAUUCUUGAAUGAUAAGUGUGUUAACGACGGGGAAACGAAGUUCCCCAACAUGUUCUGCACAACCGAAGCCACUGAUGGUACUGAGUCACUACAGUGCACAUCUGACCGUCAGUCGCUGGGAAGUUGCAGCAGUUUUGGAGCGAAAAAAAAAGAUAACAAACCCCUUCCGGAGCAUUUCCGAUACUUUUCCGAGAACAAUAAGGUUGGUUCACAAGAACCUGCACAAAUGGAUUACUGUCCUUUUAUUAAGGCAAAGCACGGUUACAGUUGCAUCAGUGGGGAGCAGAGCAAUAUGCCUGAAAGUAAGAUUGGUAUCAACUCACGUUGUGUGGAGGGUAAGGAUCUAAAGGCUGACAACAAUGCAGCAGUUGGUGCCGUGUGUGUGGAGGUGUCUUGCAAGUUCAAAAAGGUAAUUGUGCGGUACAGUGGAAACGAUAAGUGGUACAGUUGUCCUGAAGGAGAAAAUCUAACUGUGAAUGGGACUGCACUGCAGGGUAAAAUUGUGUGCCCCAAAUACGCUGAUGUGUGCAAUACAAUCAACAAAACUCUGGAUGAGUCACAAGGUCCAUCAACAGACCCAGACACUGUUGAAAAAGUCCAAACAAGUCAAACAGAAGGUGAGACAACCACUGGAACCACCAAACCAAGUGAAAAUGAUGGAAACUUCGGAGUUUCUCUACCGGUGGUACAAAAUGAGGCAAGUACGACUACAGAAUCAAACCCCAGUGAAACUAAGGAAGAAAACAUUACCUCAUUUUUGAAUGGGCAGAAUAAUAAUAUUGUUGCGAAAAAAGGCAUUGAUGGUUCUCUUAAAGCUAAUGUUUUCGCGAGUGUUAUGUUUGUUUUCUUGACACUCUCUGCGAUAAUGUUGCCGUGA